AUGCUUGCCGGCGGCGGAAGGCGGAACCAGACGAGAGCCCGACUUAGAUGUUCUUAUUGCCAAAGGUCCUUCGCACGCGCCGAACAUCUGACCAGGCACGAGCGUUCCCGCAAGCAUCCCCAAUAUCCUCAGGAUUUCAGCUGCCCUCUUAUGCUGACUUCGCACCCAGACCGAAACGAAAAGCCCUUCAAGUGCAGCCAUUGCGAAAGUACAUUUUCCCGUAAAGAUGUCAUCAAACGUCAUCACCUACGCUACCAUUCUGCCUUGCCUAGAGUCGACUCAAUAAUGAAUCUAGCACUACCGGUAGAUGCUCCCGUGGGUACAGCUGCACCCGCCGUGGAAGAAACCUCUCUCCCAGCACAGCCAGAGGAUCAGUCGGCACAAGAGGUGCCGGAGACAACCAGUACCGUGCACAUGGAGGCCUUUCCAGAUGACUCUGCUGUGCUCCAUUUCAUGUCUCAGCCGUCCAUAAGCUCCAUUGACCAAAUCGACUUCUUUCUUGGCGGCGGGGAUUUUCCAUUCUCAACCGACGACACACUACUCGGAGGUUGGAGAGGAUCCUGUGAGAUCUCCACCGAUAAGCGUCAAGAGCUGGAAAAAGAAGUUCAAGCCGCGUUUGCUCAGAGCAACGAGAUGGACAGCCUCAGACUCCCUUCGUGCCUCGCGUUUGAGAGGCUCCUCAACAACUGUUUUGAGUUCUUCCUGACAUACCUGCCAUUCGUCCACGUUCCAACUUGGAGGGCGGAGUCUGCUCAUCCUACUCUUUUGAUCGCCAUGGCCUCGCUAAGUUCCUGUCACAACGGAGACAGCGUCACUGCCCAGGCUCUGUAUCGAGCCGGCCGAUCAUCUGUCAUCAAGCAUAUUGAUUCUGAUUUUGCACUGUCAACGGAGGAGCAACCUGAGUGGUUGAUACAAUCGAUCCUGAUCCUCAUAGCUUACGGCAUAGCCGAUGGAAAGCGCAAACCGCUUGACGAGGCUUUGUCGUGGGCGUCCCUAUUUGCAACUAUCUUGCGCCAUCAGAAAGCUCCCGAAUUUAAUGACUUCGGCCCCAACGAAGACAUUUUCACUCGGUGGAAGACUUGGAUCGACUGUGAGACAUCCGUACGAACAAAAUGCGCUGGCUUCGUGAUUUUGAACAAUCUCAGCAUUUGCUAUAAUGCCGCUCCAGCUCUACUCAACCGCGAAAUGGGUGACGCUCCACUCCCCUGCCGCGAGAGCGACUGGGCAGCUACCACGCCAGCGACCUGGUUGGAAGCUAGAAAUCAAGUCCAGGGCAAAGAAAUUUGUCUCAAUGAGGCCCUCGGCGGUCUUCUCUCUUCUUCACAGCCCCAGUCCAACAGGAUCAGCAGCUUUGGGGCCUAUGUAAUGCUACAUGCGAUCGUGCAACGGAUGUGGAGAUUGCAACCCGAAAUCUGGACUCGAGGCAAUACGUGGGACUUCUUCCAGGCGUCAAUUCUUGAGGCAUCAAGUUUCCAGGCCUCAGGUUUGGCCAUUCGAAAGUGGCAAGCCUUCUGGGAAGAAGAUUCGGAAUGCUCACUAUCGUCUCGCAACCCCCAUGGUGCUGUCUCAAUGAACGCAGCUGCACUGCUUCGACUGGCGCACAUGAGACUUCACACAGACUUUUCGUCGGUUCGAUCUGCAAUAGUCUCCCUAGACGCAAUGAAAAUUUCACAGAGCAUGAAGGAGCUCUGCAUAAAGAUCGAUAGAUCCAACUCAACACUGAGGACUGCCGUGCAUGCUCUGCAGUCACUUCGAACAAGAAUCAGGCUAGGCAUGGCACUGAAGACUCCAGGCAGGGCGCCAUCACACAGCCUACAGCUACACCUCGUCUCAAUAGAAUGCUGUCUCUUCGCCAGCGCGUGGAUGAGAGAGGUCUCGUCCCGCCCUGAAUAUAAGCGAACAAGUGACGAAAAAGAUUGUAUGGAACUAGGGGCAGAGAUUCUUGCGGAGGUGGACAUUGGGCAAUCGAACAAACAAAAGCCUCAGUCGACACAAUUGAUAUAUGCCUGGGCAUUAGUAUUGGAAUCUUCUGCAGUGUGGGGUAUCCAAACGACAUUGGCUGAUGCGUUGAAAAACUACGCUGAAAGUCAAAGCUGGCGGCUUGCUGGUUCUUAGUCAAGUAUUAAUAAUACGACUAUCGUCGGAC